CUUGUGCAUUCUUGUCAGCUUCCAAUAGUACCGGCCGUUUGCCUAUAUGCGUAUCCCCUCCACUUGCUGUAGCAUGCUGUAAGCAUACCCAAACCGGCAUUUCUGUGUACAAGUGACAUCGAACAAGAGACGUUAGCCGAUCUAGACAAUUUCGACAACGGUAAGUCGAUAAUACGUUCUUCGUUUCGUUACAAGACAAAAAUGUUGCUGACUACGAUAAGUUGGCGACGAGAAAAUAAAUGAGCACAAAAAGUAUGGAUAAUCAAAAAGAAAAUGUUAAUCCCAAUAAUCCAAAGGGCUCGCUUAUGGGUUCAAAAUUAUGUCGACAACUGAAGACACAUAAAAACGUUCUUCGACUUCUCCAAGAAUAUAAAUUAGCUUCGACGCAAAUCAAUGGCCAGAGAAUUCUCAGCAUUCAACCAACUCGAUGGAGCGGUCCAGCGCCCGGUAUUCCCUGCGAAAUUUUUGUUGGCCGGAUCCCAAAGGACAUCUACGAGGAUACUCUGUAUCCAUUGUUCAGAACUGUCGGCGAGAUCUUUCAAAUUCGAUUGAUGGUAGAUAUGGCUGAACUGACAAGAGGUUAUUGUUUUAUCAUGUACACAACUCCAGAAGAUGCGGAACGUGCCAUCAAGGAACUCGAUGAAUAUGAAAUUUUGCCAGGACAAAAGAUAAGAGUUUUAGCAAGCCUCGAUAAAUGCAAGCUUUACAUUGGUCCAUUACCCUGGUAUAUUGAAUCAGAGGAAGUUGUCAGAGUUAUUUAUGCAUCGGCAUGGGAUAUUAACUAUGUAGCAACCUAUAGAUAUCCGAAUUCAGAUGCAGCUUAUGCUAUUGUUUCGUUUAACUCACAUCGCAAUGCCGCAUUAGCAAGACGAAAAUUAAGACCUGAGAGACUUUUUAAGUGUAAUGAAGUGCAUGUUGAAUGGGCGCGUGUUGAUUGGAAACCUUCUAAUGUGUACGAAGAUUGUGGCAUAGUAGAUGAUAAUGGCGAUGUACAGAUUACUCGAAAGUUUAUACCACCUAAAAAAGAAAAGGAUACGUCGUCGUCGUCGAGUUCAACACAGAACAGCAAUCCCAAUGGUUCUAAUCAAAAACCAAUUCCACCAAUUAGUCCGCCAAAAAACAAUACUCGUGCCAAAGUUUCUAAAUCCACACGUUCUAAAGGCACACGUUCUAACACGCUAAGCGUGUCAGAAAUACUGGAUAACGCAUCGCCUUUUGAUAAAGUACUGAAAGACAAGAUAGAUACUAAUGACAACAACAUCGAAUUGUUAGACAAAAAUAAGUAUAAUGCGAAAAAUAAGACGAGCCGUGAAAAAAAAGACGAUGUGAAGAAAAAGAACGAUAACGACGCAAACAGCUUUUACGAUUUCGACAUGUGGAAUUCCACUUUAAGUCCUACUGAAUUGUCAAGCUUGCCUAAUACGACUUCCAAUAGCAUAAACUAUUACGAAAAGGUGAAUAAACUACUGAAUAAAAUGUCACACGACUGGCAGAACAACGGGGAAGAUUCAUGGCUGAAAUCUCCUUCUUCUUCAAAUGGAUGUCAAUAUCCCAACAGUACUGGUGCAUUGGAUUAUAAUCAUUCGUGUUACAAUAACACUGUAAACAAAGUAGUUGGUAUGAAUCGACCAAUUGCAGCUAACACCGUUCCAUAUCAAGCUUUACCGCAACAAUAUCAUCCACUAACACCGUGUUUCGUGUUGGUGCCUACGACUUAUAUGCGUCCGAAGAACGUGAGUUAUCCGCAACUUGCGAUCGCUAAUCAUGUUGGUGACAGUUAUAAUCAAAUGCAACCGCCUUUAUCCAUAAAAAAUAAUUUUCAUCAUUUUUGCAACGGUCAGAUUGGAUCAAUUGCAACAGAUCAGAAAUCUAUCAUUGAAAAAUUCGGUAAUUCUGAAUUUCGGUGCGGAGAAAUUUCGGCAAAAUCAACAAACGGUGUUCCGACGUUGUAUCCAACUACCUUGACACCGAAUAUGAUCUUUCCGUCAGUCAGUGUGUCAAAUCAAGUCUCUUUGAAUACAUUGAACGACGGUGAAACAGAAAAGCGCCCGAGACCUAUCGUAAAGCAGAUCUAACUGGUCACAUUUAGAUAUGAUACAGGGUAUCUUUUUUUUUUCUUUUAGUUUCUUUUAACGCUCUAUGCAUUUUAGAAAAUGCAGUGAUCAGAUACCAAAGGUAGUCUUUUUAAGUUUUAUUUGGCAACUAUGGGUAAUUAUUAUUAAAAUUAAAAUAAAAACAGGUCUCUAAUUAAACAAAAUGAGAAAGUGACCUUACAGCCUUUUUUUUUUUAAACUUAAUACUAGCUAUUACCACUUCUAUCUGUGGACUCAAAGAAAAAAAAAAGUCGCUUUCUCAUUUUGUUUAAUUAUUAUUAGUUUUUUUUCUUUUUAUCAAUGUUGUGCCAUUGGCUACCGCACCGUUUGAGUACGGCAUGCAAUUUUGCCGAUUUAUAUCAAAGUAAGUCUCAUUAAUCGUACUUCUUAUAUAUCUUUAUAAAGCGCGAACUAGACUGUAUCCAAGAAUGUAUUUCUCAAUAUCGCUUGUUUUAAAGAUCUCGGACGUUUUUUUAUUGUUAUAUUUUUGUUAUUACAAGUUUAAAAAAAAGAAAGAGAGAGAAAUAAUCACGCUUAUAAAUAAUGCAAAGCUCCUUGAAAUCAUGCUAUUUUUAUUGUGUUAGGAAGACAACACAAUCUAAAAAAUGUCAAGAUUAUUAUUUAUCUUUUUAUAAAGAAGUACGAAUUAUGUUUGCUUCCGAAAGUAUUAUAUUAAACAAAGUUAGAUAAUCAAGCAAUAGAAUCAAUAUUACUGUUCUCUUUUUAGCAUGUCUACGAUAAAAGAAAACCUACUGUAUCUCUGUAUCGCUUUUUUUUUUUAAAGAUUAUUAUUUUUAUAUAUUGAGAAGCAUAAAUUUUUAACAAAUCAAUUAUACACGAUUUGCACACUGCAAUGAAUACAAAUUAUGAAUAUUUCACAUAUCUUAUAUGUAAUAUUCAUAAUUUCUUACAAUAAUAAUGGAAUUAGAAGUUACGUGUCUUUUUACAUGAUCUUUUACACUUAGCAGAACCAUUCUGUGAAUGAUAAAAUAUUUCUGCUGACUUUGGGAUUUGACUUCUUUGCAAGUCACACUCUCAGUGUUUAACAUCGUGAUGAAGACAAGAUUUGCAAUUAACACACCGUAACUUCAAGUUCAUAAUUUCUAAUUUAUAUAUUAUCUGAAACAUAAAAUAAGAGAAUUUUAUUCAGUAAAUUAAUUUACUUAAAACAUUUGUGCUUUUACUCGUUGAUUUAAUCAUAUUGAGAUUUUAUAUUAAUAUUUGUAAAAUUGUUAUAUUAGCAAAAAGAGAGUAGUUGUUAGAUAUUACAUUGAGAAGCAUGUUUUAUCUGAAGUUAGAAAAAUUAUAAUAAUAUUAUAAUACAAUAAUUGAUAGAGUGAUAAGGAUGACAUCCAGAGUUCGUAGCAAAAAUUUUAAUCAGUUGUAUGAAGUGAGAAAUUCGAACAAGGAGCGGGUUGUUAGGCUAAUAAAUUAUUCGUAAAUUUGUUUAUCCACAGAUGUUUCAACUUUAUUACCAAGUCAUCUUCAGUGGAUAUUCUUAACUGAAAAUACAGUCCAUCUCUGCACAAUAACAACUUAUCUCACAUUGUAAUUAAAAAUAUCUACUGAAGAUGAUUGGUAAUAAAGUCGAAACGUCUGGAUAAAAAAAAUUCACGAGUAAUUUAUUAGCAUAACAACCCGCUCCUUGUUCGAAUUUACCACUUCAUACAUCUGAUAAAAAUUACAAUAAUGUUUUUUUGUGUGUUUAUUAUUAAUAUAUUUAUGUGUAUGUUUUUAUAACAAGAGAAUGCAAUAAAGAUUUGUAAUACAGUUACGAA